AUGCACCAUUUACGUGCACCCGACACUCGUUCUCAUCGUCGCAAUCGAUCGCUCUCUGCUGCACCGGCACCUACGACAAUACGGCACCAGCAACAGCAGCAACAACAAUCGCACAAUGCUCUUCACCCGAAUGAGAAUGUGCUACUUGUACCUUCUCGACAAGCACCAAGUCCUCCCACAACAUCACAGCGUAUGCCAUCCUCGUCUUCAACGCCUGCUAUGCAACAGCUACGUCAACCUUCGAGACAAGAUCAAUUCAAAUAUUUUCCAUCCUAUGGUCGUUCAGAUCAAACGUUACCUAUUCGAGGCCAAACCAUGUCAUCACCCGAAUCACAUAUGAGUCCUAGGGAUGAGCUACAUAUAAAAAAGGGCAAUCAAAGGGGUAACAUUUCAGGAUUCGGUAAGCUGCUCAAGAGAUUGCAAAGCAAGGUGCGUUCUCGUCAUGGUAAAGGACAAAGAUUCUCAACAUUGACCGAGACAACGAUGAUAAUACAGGCAUCCGACGAUGAUUUGACAAGAAGAUCCAAUAAUAGAAUGAGGCAGCAGCAGCAUAGCAACAAUGGACUCAGCACUCCAUCAUUACCAUCAACCACUCAUAAUGAGCAGCAACAUGAUCAUUCACCACUUCGCAAUCCUCACAAUAUACCACUUGCUCCUCCAGCACCUCCUCCUCCACAAAUACCGUCAAUUGAGAUUGGUAAAAAGACCUAUCUACAACCUGAAUUACGAGCUGGUCUCCAAGAGUCGGACGAUUUGUUAUCCAAGAUGCCUGCUGAGCUUCGAACACGGCCUAACUUUAACAAGGCACGACAGCAACAACAGCAACAACAAGCACCUCAUCCUCCUUCUACAUCACCCUAUAACAAUCAUCAUCAAUCCAAUCACUCAUCCACAACAACCCAUUACCAGCAACCCAUUCCACCACCACGAAGUAUAUUAAUCAACAGCCAAGAGCAUUUGCCUCGUCAAUCCAAUCCAUCCGAUAGUGCCAUGCCAGCUUAUCCUAUUGCCAAUGAUAUUUACAAUUAUUAUGGACAGCAUAUCAACAACAACAACAACAACAUCCCAUCACAACAUCAACAGCGACAAGAAGAGGGAUCCACUAAUGCUUCAUUACGACCUAUCAAUGAUGAAGAAAAAGAUGAUGAUGAAUCCUCCAAUCAAACGCAGCGACAUUCGACAUGGUCUUACGCAUCCACGGGCAAAUCAUCUGGAACGUAUUCAUUAUACAGCACAUUUGGAACUGAUUCACGACCAACUAGUGAAAGUGUACUUGACCUUGAUACAACUAGCGAUAAGGAGGAAAAUAAGGAGCAAUCAUCAGCAGCACAACCACCUGAGCAACAAGUUGAUCUUGCACAAAUUGUGUGUAACAAUGUUCGUGGCAAAAGUCCAGCUCGUAUUAUUACCAACGAAGUUGAUGAUGAGGCUUCUUCUUCCGACAGCGAUGAAGAUGUAUUUGUGGAUGCAACUGGAAUGUCACAAGAGGAUCUGGAACGAGAAAAGUUGAAUGGCAAGAGGAUAUCCAAACGCUUAUCAAAGCGAUUGAGCGGCGGUCAUUUUGGCAGUGCUGGCGGUCUUAUGCUCAGCAUCAAUGCACCACCUCCAGUACCAUCUCUACCACCCAAACUCCCGAAUGAUGACAAUGAAGCAAUACCAAACAGCACCCAGCCAUCAUCUCAUGAGCCGAAUGUCGUGGAAAAGAACACACCUUCUUCAACGCCAUCUCCAUCCAUCGAAUCAUCCGUAGCACCAGAGACGCCGCCACAAUCAUCAUCUUUAUCAGAUUUAUCCCUCUCCAAAACAGCCAAUGCUAUGGGCAUAUCAGCUGAUGCAGCAUCCGAAAAAGUUGAAUUGGGAACAAGUCUUUCACCUCCACCACCAAGAAGACCUAUGAGUCAGCGUCGAAAGCGAUCUUUUCAUGGACAACAAGCUGCUAUUGAUAAUGAGCCAACUCAAGCAAAUGAUACAGCACUUCCAGAAAUUCGACUUGAACAACAACAGCCUCAACUUAAGGAUGGUGAAGCACGAUUUGCGGCACAAAAGAUAUGGAAUGGGGAUGAGUCCUUUGUGACAAAGGAGCGUGCUGCUGAAUGGCUAGGUCAAGGGAAACCACUCAAUGCGCGGGCGCUUGAGUAUUACAUGGAUAACUUUGAUUUCAAGAAUAUGCGAAUUGACAGCGCUUUCAGAAAACUUUGCAGCAAACUUUACUUCAAAGCGGAGGCGCAACAGAUUGAUCGCAUAUUGGAAGCAUUUGCUCGGCGCUUUUGGCAUUGCAAUCUGCAAUGUAUUUUUGGCAACAUUGAUAUCGUCUACGCUGUCGCUUACUCCUUAUUGCUGCUAAACACUGAUCUUCAUGUCGCACAAGGCAAUCACGCAAGAAUGACUCGACAAGCAUUUGUACGCAACACCAUGUCUACGAUCGAAGAUCAAUUGCGAAUGCUCCCUCCAGAAAAGCGACGAGGCCAUCUUUUCACCAAAACAUGGGAAGCUGAUAUGGAAAUAUGCUUGAAGGAAUUGUAUGGAUCAGUCAAACAAAACCAGAUUUUACAGCCAUUGGAGAGUCAACAACAGCAACAAUUGACGGUCAAUACGUCGGAUGGAGUUGAAAAACGCAAUAGCAUCUUGAUGGGUGGGCGACGUGUUGCCGAGUUCAAGCGUAGUGUCAAUACCAUGAUUCGCAAAUCAGGACGUGAAAGCGUGAUAUACCCCGAAGAACCAAUUCCCAGAGCAAGUACGAGUGCUGAUCAACCCACACCAUCUGCUGUAUCACCACGACGUGCCUCCUUUUCAUCUUCAACAUCAGGCGCUUCAUCCACCAUCAAUGGAAACGCACGUUCUCCAAGCAGUAUUGGUGGUGGCGGUGGUGGUAGUACCUUGUCCCCGAAUCAACCAAUGAUGAGUUUUAUGCAUUCGCAUGGAUCCGAUCUCUUCACAAGUCGACCACCUUAUCUCAAGGAAGGCAUGCUAGCAAGGAAACAUCUACUAGAGAAUGCGAAUCAGAAAGCCAAGCAUCGUGAAUGGAAGGAUUGUUUCUUGGUAGUUGGCAAUGGGGAGUUUAAAAUGUAUUCCAUGCAAGGCAGCGUUGGCGAGGAACGACGUAGCUUGCUUCGUAUGAGCAGCGUCAAUACAUUCGCUACUUUGGCAGAUUCUCUAAACCGAUCAGCAACAAGUAGUCCCAAUUCAAUGCUUGGUGGUCGAUGGGCAUCAACUAUGCAACUCUUGGGUAGCAUCAGUCUUAAUCACUCCCUUUCCAACAUUUUGCCACCUCCUGGAUACAAUCGUCAACGACCUCAUGUAUUUGCAAUUCAACAAUCGAAUGGUGGCGUUUUCUUGUUCCAAACAGCAUCACAGGAUCAGGCCAAAGAAUGGGUAGAAACGUGUAAUUAUUGGGCAGCAAGACAAAGCAAGGAACCAUUGCCUGGUGGUGUGAGCAAUAUGGAAUACGGCUGGGGAUCAUGUUUGGAUGAUGUCAUUCUCAAUCUGGACGCUGAUGAUGGCUCAGGCAAAUACUUUGGAAACCCUGACACAGUCAACAUUUAUGAAUGGAAACCUCCUGCUCCACCCACUGUAUCAAGUACGCUGAAUGAGGAAGACCAAUUCGAUGCACUACAAAAGCAUUUGGAUGCAUUGAGUACCGAGAUCAAUGAGCACAGAGAGUUGAAGAGGAAAAUUCUUGUCAAGUUUUCCACCAAGACGCACAAUCAUCCCAAGGUCAUGAGUAAUUGGGAAGCUAAAUCCAAUUACCUUUUGCAUGAGAUCAUCAAGUAUCAAAAUUAUUGCGAUGCUCUGGAACGUAGUGUCAAACGACGACAAGAGCUUCAAUCUAAAGAGCAAGAAGAGCGGGAAGAAGAAAAGGAACAUCAUCAGGAUCAAAACUCCAUGGAGCCAUUGGAUUACAAAGAAAGCAAGCUGGACCUGUUUUCUGAGAUUGGUAGAGAAAUUGAACAUUUGUCUGUGAAAUAA